UUCCAGCCGUUUUAAAUAAAUCGGUCUCCGCCUCUCCUGCUGGUAAUUUCUCAUUCAUCUACCAAAUUCAAAUCUUAAUAGAUUUCGUUGAUCACCGCCUUCAGUUCCGGAAUUUUUGUAGGAACUUCAUAUUUUCAUUUUCAAAAAAAAAAAAAAUCGGAUAAUGUUCAUUUGGUUUCAUUUAAUCGUUCUUAAUUGAUUAAUUAAUUGAAACGGAGGAUCCUUUCUUCUCUGUUUCUUUUAAUUGAUUAAUUAAUUAAUUAAAAGAUUUCUCCGUUUCUUUUGAAAUGGCUUCGAGUUUUGAUCGGUGGGAAAAGGAUCCUUUCUUCUCUGUUGCUGAAGAAGUACAGCAGUCCGCUGACAGGAUGGAAUCGACAUAUAGGACAUGGAUACACGCGAUAAAAGACGAUUCAUCUGAGUGGAAUUUAGAGGAACUUGGUAGGGAUCUACGUACAACUAUUAGCACUACCAAAUGGCAGUUAGAAGAGUUUGAAAGGGCUGUUCAAUUGAGUUCCCCGAGCGAGGAAGCUAGAGAUAGGCAUUGUGAUUUCGUCUUAGCACUUAAGGAUCAGAUUUUAAAGAUUGAAAAAUAUUUGCAGGAAUCAGCUUGUUCAGAGGUUAAAUCAUCAAUGCAUUUGGAUGAAGGUGAACGGAAUGAACUUGCUUUAUUUUUGUCCGCACCGCCUCUACCCAGAAGCUCUACACGUCCUAAGAAACAAGUUAGGGGUAAUGAAAUUCGACGAGGGGUCAAUAGAGAAUCGGGGCCAGAUUUUUUGAAGAAUGCAGUUCAGUCUAUUGAGUUGAGCUCAUCUGAGGCUAACAGCGAGAAGUCAGUUGGGAUCAGGAGAGCUGCUAGUGCUGCUGACAUUGGUGCUUGGAAGAUUGCAAUUUUAGAUGAUGUUUCACAGAAAAACUCUUCCAAUGGUCGGUCCUUUGUUCCACCACGAAGGGCUCCAAGCUCUGGUUCCCUAAGUUCCAAGGAAUCUGCAGCCAUUGCGGAGUGGUCAAAGAAUAGCAUCAAGAAGUCAAAGGGAAAUGAUGAAUGCUAUGAAAAGAAUAGUGGUGGUGUAGAUUGUGAUGAUAAGCAACUUAAUGGUUGGUAUGAGUCUAUUCAAAGACAGCUUCGAAGGUCUCAGCCUCAAACGAAAAGUAACCCGUUUACUAAUAUAGCAGUUGGGGCUUUAAUGUUCAUCUGCUUGAUUGUUUUGAUCGUAUUGCAUAAUAUAUGAAUAGGACACUCUUGGACCAGCAAUUUAUAAUCAGUGACAAAUUAUUUGGUCUGAAGUGCUUGAGGUGUAUAUGUUGCACAUAUUAUGCUUUCACCAGAUGAUAUGCCCGUUUACGUCUAGGGCGAGAGGUAGCAUGACGAAAAGCAAGAGCACCUUUUGUUCCUUCUCUUUCCCUUGACCACUUCUUGCCUCUCCCUUCCAACUUCGGUUUUUCAGAUGAAGGGCAGAUCCUGUAGUUGAGUAAGGAUCUGGGGGAAUUAGGGAGUUGAACUGAGCCUGUCGGAUCAUUUAAUCCAUGUUAUUUCUGUUUUCCUUGGUAAAUUGUAUUAAUAGCCUGUAUCAUUUGAAUCCCCCCCCCAUUUUUUCCCACCUUUUCCUUUUCUUUUUUAUUUGUAACCAACUAGGAUAUGGAAGGGGAAAAGAGAGAACUUCUGUUGCUACAA